CGGGAUGCUCCACAGCCGCGCUAAGCCGCACUCAGCACGCCCGCUGAGGAAGCGCGGCCCCCUAUCCCAGUAGCUCCUCCAACUUACGCGGAGGACACUAAUCCUCCCCACGCAGCUCCCGCGGAAGAGAGAGACGAGGUGUGCACCAAAUCUGUAGGGGUGAUGUGGGGAGCCAAGGCUCUGGGGACUUGCUCCCAGGCCGGGGACUGGAGCUUCUCUCUCACCGCCGCCAAGGGCUGGAACUGCUUUCGUGGUCACUGAGUAGGGAGCGGGGGCUCCUCCACAAGGGGAGGCGGGAACCCGGGUGGAGAGGUCAGGUGCGAAAGGGGUCUGGAUGAAAGGGGUCUGCACAGUCGAAUGGGUGUCUGUUCCUAUCUGGAAUGAAGGGAGAUGCAGUGAAUGAUUCCUCUCCAGGACCCCGAGAAGUGCUUCAGCAGAUGGUACGUGAACAGUACACUACAACAACACAAGGCACAAGCCUAGAGAGGCCAGAGAACCAGUAUGUCUACAAAAUUGGCAUUUAUGGCUGGAGGAAGCGCUGCCUCUACCUGUUUGUCCUUCUUCUACUUAUCAUCCUAGUUGUGAAUUUUGCUCUGACAAUUUGGAUUCUUAAAGUCAUGUGGUUUUCUCCAACUGGAAUGGGGCACCUGCGUGUUACAAAAGAUGGUCUCCGUCUGGAAGGGGAGUCUGAAUUUUUAUUCCCUCUGUAUGCCAAAGAAAUUCAUUCCAGGCUGGAUUCAUCUCUGCUUCUACAAUCUACACAAAAUGUGACUGUCAAUGCUCGAAACUCUGAAGGAGAGGUCACAGGCAGAUUAAAAGUUGGUCCCAGAAUGGUAGAAGUCCACAGUCAGCAAUUCCAGAUCAACUCCAAGGAUGGCCGGCCUCUAUUUACAGUCGAUGAAAAGGAAGUUGUGGUUGGGACAGAUAAACUUCGAGUAACAGGGCCUGAAGGAGCUCUUUUUGAGCACUCUGUAGAAACACCACUUGUCAGAGCAGACCCAUUUCAAGACCUCAGGCUGGAAUCUCCCACAAGGAGCCUAAGUAUGGAUGCACCAAGAGGGGUCCAUAUUAAAGCAAAUUCUGGGAAGAUUGAAGCUCUCUCUCAAAUGGAUAUCAAAUUACAUAGCAGUGAUGGGAUGCUUGUGUUGGAUGCUGCCACUGUGUGUCUGCCUAAAUUGGUUCAGGGGACUCGGAGUCACCCUGGCAGCUCCCAGAGACUCUAUGAAAUCUGUGUGUGCCCAGAUGGAAAGCUUUACCUGUCAGUGGCUGGAGUGGGUUCUACUUGCCAAGAAAACAGUAGUGUCUGUCAGAAAAGCACCUGAACAUGCCAUCAAAUUGUCAAGGCACAUUUCAGUGAACUUGACAAUUCUCACUAAAUAAUUAUUCAAGAUCAUGAGAGCUGGAGUGUAUAUCUUACUUCUGGGACUGGAUGAAGGAAAUACAAACAAACACACACACACACACCCCACACUUUUUAAACUGAACUCAAGAAAAACUGCCAGUGAAAAUGUUUGGAUGAAACUCUGUGUCCUGGAGGUGGCAUCAAGCCUUGAACUUUAGGCUGCAUUUAAAGGAAAUGAAGAGAAUUUGUCUCCAACACUGAACUGUUUAAUUUCCAUCAGAAUGAAGAGUGAAUUGUAACUAUUUCCUCAUCCCUCCUCAUACAUGUAAAUACACAAUGAAAUGUUA